AUGGAACAAAUAUUUAUGAUCGAGGUCUUUGUGAAAAAGAUUGUACUAAAAAUAGUACCACCAGAGAAAGAUGAGUACGAACUCAAAAUGGAAGAAGAAGAGAGGAAAAGAGAGGCAGAAGCGUUAGCUGCUGCGGAAGCGGCAAAGAAAGGCAAGAAGGGAGCUGCGAAGAAACCGCCAAAAGCUAAAAAGGGCAAGAAAGGGAAAGAACCACCGAUGCCUUCGGAAGAAGAAAUGAAAUUCAUGCAAACAUGCACAAUGCAAUUCAACUGUUUACCAUUAUUCGACUUUUAUGUAGCGCAUGACAAUUUUAUAGCUCCUCCUCCUCCCCUACCACCUGGUAAGAAAGGAAAGAAACCCCCGAAACCCAAAAAAGGCAAAAAAGGAAAGGUGCAACCUGUCAAAAUUGUUCUCCCAUCGGAGCCCUUACCACAACCUCCCUAUUUCGGGGUUGGGAACUCUAUAAUGUUCCUUUCAAGACCUUCUAAACUAGAGGAAGUGUUGAAGAAGACACCUAUUUAUAUAACAGUGUGGAAUAGAGACCAAGACAUGAACUGUAUAGGAUUCUGUAUUGUUGAGUGGCAUGAGUCUUUCUUUAAUUGUCUUCAAAAAGCUGCAGAAUUAAAUCCGGUUAAUAUGGACCAGGCUGAAUACAGAGAUACGUCACGACCGGAAAUGGUAACAAAUACAGUAGAAUUAACGCGAGCUUUGCAAUGUGAAGAGGAUUUGAAAGCGUCAGGUGAAAUCGAAUUUUUUAUUCGAUUAACAUGUAUGGGCAAUAGGGUCAUAAGUUAUUUUGUUGCAUUGCCAGAAAUGGAGAGACUGCCUGGCCGUAAAUAUUUAUCGGAUGACUUAAAAUUAAAAGAUGUCGAAGUGGUUCGCCACUGGGAAGGUACGACGAUAGAUGCUGUUCCACCAGUCGCUUACUUUUUUGGAGCUCCAGAUAUUAUCCGAGAACCUAUUAGACCAGUAGAAGAACCAAAAGUAUACGAUGAUUUUGUUGCACCGUAUACAUCUAGUGAAUUAGCUAUUCUUGCUAUGGGAUUUCCUAAGGGUCCCUGUGGGGGAACUAACUGCCCUAAAAGAAUGGAAUAUAGAGGCAGUCAGCAUCAGUUUAUUCAUGGAGAAACGGUUAAAGGGAAGUAUCAACAUGGACAAUUUGUAAAUAAAAGAGAUGUUCAUGGACCUUGCGGUAGACUCGAUUGUCCAUUAGCAAAGAAAAUUCGUGCAUAUCUAUGUACAGAGGGAAGCUACAAAACUUGUAGAAAACCAUGCCCCAAAGAUUAUUAUUAACUU